UUAGUUGGUCUACUGUGUAAAACACUGGGUGAGUGUGACGCUGUCGUUCCUGACACAGUCUGACACUGAUCCUGACACAAACAGAGCAUUCACCACUGUAGAGAGCUCAGGCUACUGGACGGAGCUUUUGCUGUGGUUCAAAAUAAAAAUAAAGAACGCGUGGACGUGUCUCCUUCAGCGUAAUUUAAAUAAUAAAGAUAAAUCGGCAGUAAAUUUCCAUCAGCGUAAAUCGGUCAAUACGAAAAGAGAUUUUUCUUUUUUUCCUCUCCUUUUUUCGGUCUAGCGCUGAGAAAAACGCGUUGAUCGGAGGACUGUAAUAACUCUACCGAUCAUUAUUCACUUCACCACAUCAUGAAGAGAGCAUUUUUACUCUUUCUAUUCCCGGUUUUCGUUAUCGGUGUGUUUGGUGAGUCAGUGUCAGUGAAGGAGGGAGAUUCAGUCACUCUUCACACUGAUGCUACUGAAAUAAAGACAGACGAUGAAGUUGAAUGGAGGUUUAACUCCACUCGCAUAGCUAGAGUGACUGGGAACAAAGCUAUAUAUGAUAAUGACAUGAAGUUCAAGGACAGAUUGCAGCUGGACAUUCAGACUGGAGAUCUCAAGAUCUCAAACUUCAGAAUCACAGACUCUGGACUUUAUAAGUUUGAGAUCAACAGCCCCAGAGUAUCCUCAGAGAAGACAUUCAGAGUCAGUGGUGUGAGAGAUUCAGGAGUGAAGUCGCUGUCAGUGCUGGUGGGAGAUUCAGUCUCUCUGCACUCUGGUGUCUCUGAAAUACAGAGAGAUGGUGUGAUACGAUGGAGAUUUGAACAUCUUAACACUCCUGUAGCUGAAAUCAGUAGAAAGGUUGGAAUCUUCAACACAUCUGAUGGACCUGAUGGGAGAUUCAGAGAAAGACUACAGCUGGAAUAUUUGACUGGAUCUCUGACCAUCAAGAACAUUGGAACCAGUCACUCUGGAGUUUAUGAAGUUGAGAUCAGGAGUGACAGCCGUGGAUACACCACACACAAGUCAUUCAAUGUGACUGUCAGCGAUGCAGUGAAGACAGUGUCAGUGAUUGAGGGAGAAACUGUUACUCUACUGACUGUUACUGAAAUACAGAAAGAUGAUCUGAUACAGUGGAUGUUUGAUGGCACUGUCCUAGCUGAAAUCCAUAAAACAACCGAACGAUUCUCCAUAUUUGAUGGACCUGAUGAGAGAUUCAGAGACAGACUGAAGCCGGAUCAUCAGACUGGAUCUCUGAUCAUCAACAACACCAGAAUCACAGACUCUGGACUUUAUGAACUGAAGAUCAUCAGCAGCAGACACAUCAUAAACAGGAGAUUCACUGUUAUUGUCUCUGGUCCAGGUCUGUCUCCAGCUGCUGUAGCAGGGAUUGUUUUUGCUGUUGUUAUUCUGGUGGCUGUAGCUGUAGCUGUAGUUGUAGCUCCUGUUGUGAUUAAACAUCGACGCAGGAUCGCUGAACUAGAAAGACGAAAGAGAAGUGUUUGGUUCCUCUUUUCAGACUUAUUCCGUGGUGUUGGGCACACCUUUUCAGACUUCUUCAGUGCUUUUUUCUCAAUUGAAGGGUGGAAGACCCCAGGAAGAGAGUCCUAUCUUUGAUGAAUGAUUCAGUGAUGAAGUUGUCCAAACUCACUGAAACAGAACAGCAGCAGUUUCUAGUCGUUUAUAAUCACUUUAGCAAUACACACAUGAAGAGUUUGAAGUGGAUUCAGUCGAGCUUUUGUAAAAUGAAACUAAUGAGUUUGUUUUGACAUAAACAGAGAAACAUGCUUUUAUUCGAGAGGAAGUUAAUGUAACAGUUUUCUGUUUGUGCUGAUGCUGAUGUUACACUGAUCAUAUUAAGCUAUUCAUAUUAAGCUCUUUUGACUCAGUUUGACUGAUUAAACUCAGGAUAUGACACUAAAAUUACUUGAUUGUUGUUAAACCUGCAAAAUAUUUCAGGACUAAACUCAGGAUAAUUAAUGUGUGUAUGAUUUUAUUUGUGUUUGUUUUUAUUUGAUAGUAUUGCUUGUAUUUGUGCUUUAAGUG